AUGGAAGAUCCAGAUUUUGUUAUCCUAGGAGCUGGAGUAAUUGGAUUGUAUACAGCAUUUUCAUUAUUGGAAAAGGGUGCAAGCGGUAAACAGAUUACAGUUAUAGCUAAGUAUCACCCGGGUGAUCAAUCUAUAAACUAUACCUCUCCAUGGGCUGGUGGUAACUUCUCGUGUAUUUCACCGGAUGAUGAACACACACUAAGCUAUGAUAAAUACACUUACACGAAUGUUAUUAAAAUACAAGAAGCCCUUGGAAAAAACUGUGGAUUAGACAAUGCUCCUACUACUGAAUUUUGGGAUUUCAUACCGAAUGAAGCGAAGAUAUCGCUGCUUAAAACGUAUUUAAAAGAUUUUACAAUUAUCCAAAAUGAAGAAUUGCCCAUGGGUGCGAAAUUUGGAGUUCGCUACACCACUUGGAAUUUCAACUGCCCUACUUUCUUGAAGAAUCUCAAAGCAUAUCUAAUGAUGAAAGGAGUGAUUUUUCUUAGAAAACACUUAGACCACAUUGAUGAGGCCUUCCUUGGCCCUAAUUGUGUAGUAUUCAAUUGCACUGGGCUUGGAGCCCAAAGUUUGGGAGGUGUUCAUGAUACCAAAGUUUACCCAAUAAGAGGGCAAGUCGUAGUAGUAAAAGCACCUCAUAUAUAUGAAAAUAGACUUCGUUGGGGUACAGAUUACGCUACUUACAUUAUCCCAAGACCAAACUCAAAGGGUCACCUAGUUCUAGGUGGGUUUGUUCAGAAGAAUAACUGGUCCGGUGAUACUUUUGACGAAGAAUCUGAAGAUAUAUUGAAAAGAGCAACUGAGUUGCUUCCUAAGUUAAACGAGAAACCUUUAGAGAUUAUACGGGUUGCGGCCGGAUUAAGGCCUUAUAGAGAUGGUGGGGCGAAGAUAGAAAAAGAGAUUUUACCAGGAAAUCGUAUUUUGAUCCAUAACUACGGAGCAGGUGGUUAUGGCUAUCAGGCUGGACUUGGAAUGGCGGACAAAGCAACAAGUUUGUAUUUCAAAUUGAACUCUAAAUUGUAG